AGCGCGGGGGAGAGGCAGGAAGGAUGAAAGCAAGCGAGCGCGCGCCGGCCGGGAAAGGACCCGCGACCACCCAGCCGCAAUGCGAUGAAAAACCUGAGGCUCACAGAGAUAAAGAAAAAAAACUUACUCAAGAUUAUACAGUUCUCAUGGGGUCCCUACUCCUACUCCGGAGAUGAAGAGGAGAUAUAUUCGGCUGAGCCGUUGCCUGAGCUCUGCUACAAGGCAGAUGUCCAGGCCUUCAGUCGGGCCUUCCAACCCAGUGUCUCCCUGACGGUGGCUACACUGGGUCUGGCGGGCAAUGGCUUGGUCCUGGCCACUCACCUGGCAGCCCGACGUGCUGCCCGCUCGCCCACCUCCACCCAUCUGCUCCAGUUGGCCCUGGCUGACCUCCUGCUGGCCCUGACCCUUCCCUUUGCUGCUGCCGGGGCUCUGCAGGGCUGGAGUCUGGGAAGUGUCACCUGCCGUGCCAUCUCGGGCCUCUACUCGGCCUCCUUCCACGCCGGCUUCCUCUUCUUGGCCUGUAUCAGCGCCGACCGCUACAUGGCUAUUACGCAGGCCCUCCCAGCUGGACCCAGGCCCUCCAAGCCAGGCCGAGCACACUUGGUCUCAGUCAUCGUCUGGCUGCUGUCGCUGCUCCUGGCGCUGCCUGCUUUCCUUUUCAGCCAGGAUGGGCAGCGGGAAGGCCAGAGGCGCUGUCGUCUCAUCUUCCCCGAAGGCCUCACGCAGACGGUGAAGGGGGCGAGCGCGGUGGCGCAGGUGGUCCUGGGCUUCGCGCUGCCACUGGGCGUCAUGGCUGCCUGCUAUGCGCUCCUGGCCCGCACACUGCUGGCCGCCAGGGGGCCGGAGCGCCGGCGCGCGUUGCGUGUCGUGGUGGCCUUGGUGGCGGCCUUCGUGGUGCUGCAGCUGCCCUACAGUCUGGCCCUGCUAUUGGAUACAGCCGAUCUACUGGCUGCCCGCGAGCGGAGCUGUCUUGCCAGCAAGCGCAAGGAUCUGGCACUGCUGGUGACCGGGGGCUUGGCCCUCGCCCGUUGCGGCCUCAACCCGGUGCUCUACGCCUUUUUGGGCUUGCGCUUCCGCCAGGACCUACGGAGGCUGCUCCGGGGUGGGGGCUGCUGCCCAGGGCCUCACCCCCGCGGCCGCUGCCCCCGCCGGCCCCGCCUUUCUUCCUGCUCCGCUCCCACUGAGACCCGAAGUGUCUCCUCCUGGGACAACUAGGGCUGCGAAUCUAGAGGAGGGGGCGGGCUGAGGAAAUGAAUCAGUGAGGGUAGUGGGAAAGGGGAGUAGGUGGGGGAAAUACUGAAAAAGAGGUAGGGACCUAAAGGAAUUGCUUCUGUACUUGGCCACAUUAAAUUGAUAACAUGGAAAUGAGACACAACCCAACAACUGUUACUAUUUUUGAGUCACCGACUUGGAAGUGAUUAGUAGCAGGGCAGAGCCGUGCGCCCCCCUCCCCCCCACGCCACACCUCCACCUCCACGGCGCUGGGCUCUGAGUGGAAGGCGCUGAGAGCCUGGGUGGGGGGUGGGGUGGGGGGGCUGCUGAGCCAGCUAAAGCUCCAGGCACUGACACCCCCUUCACCUUCACCUGGUCUCUGCCAACAACAAUGAGGUGGGAAGGCUGCCAGGCAAGGAGGGGCGGGGGUUCCUCUUGAAAUAGCGUAAGGAAGAGCUUUCUAACAACCAGAGUGCUAUCCAGUAAUGGCUGCCUUAGCAAGUACCGAGUUCCCGGCCUCUGGAAUGUUCAGGCUGAGCUGUCGGGACUUUGUGUGCCGGUGCAUGGUAUUGGGGUACGGACAGGAGCAGGAGAUUCCAGUUUUGGGUGGCCUCUUAGAUUAGAUUACCAUUUUAUAGUCAGUCUCUUCUAUGGUUUUGUGGUAGAAAGAAAAAAAAAAGUAAAAAGUUGAGUCGGAGUUUUUCACCUUGGAGAAAAACCAAGGAGAGAAUUCCAAUUUGCAAAUUUCCAGAGUCGUUAUCAUGGGCGUGGUGGGGGUGGGGUGGAGGUGACUGCCGUUCUCCGUCUUCCCUGGGGACGGGAUUACAGGAAAUACACUGAGCCUGCCGGAGAGAGGUUAGACGUUGGAAAGAACUUCCCUGCAGGCAAGGACCUGGGAUCCAGACAGGGAAGAGAGUACAUGGUUGUGGAGUCUGCACCUCUAGGAAACCUCAGUGCAAGUCACUCUUAUCUGGGGCCAGGGCAAGGCUGGGGUAGCCUCUAGAAACAGUCGCAUUGAUUCCUGGUCUUUGUUUUACACAAUCACGACAGGCAGGAUGGAGUUCACGUGCGACAACUCUCGCAGUUUAACAUCCGGUCAGCAAAGCUGCUUCGACCACUCCAGCCAGCAGUCUGGGGACCCGGGACAAGAAGGGCGGGGUGUGGUGGGGAGGUCUCAAGGGAGGCGCUGACCUGAUGUCCCCACCCUGUCCCGUCCCGCCCAGCUUGGGCUAGCCUUCCUUCCCAGAGCCUCCGGCGGCUGAGACCGAACCACGGCCUCCAGGGACCGGGAUCUUGAGAAAGGCCCGGAGAUGGCACCGAUCCUAAAAGGGUCCCAUACGCCAGCCACUGGGGGCCAACCUGGAAGCCUCCACCGGAGACCGCGGGAAUCGCCGCUGAGUCAGCAACGCACGCGCG